GAGGCGCUCGAGCAGCUGGUCGGCUCGGCAGGCGUCACGGUGACCCUGGUGGACGGCGACGAGGUGUUGACGUCCACCGUCCAGCUGGGCGGCAGCGGGGAGGAGGGCUCUGACGAGUCCUGGGCGCUGAGGGACCUGCUGCUUCUGGCGCUGCGGGGCCAGGGGAAGGAGGAAGAGGUCGCUGCGCCACCCGGCGCGCCGCCCACAGAGUGUGUGGUCCUAGGACUCGGCGACGCUCUCUUCGACGUGGACCCCAAUGACGCCAAGUACGCCCCGUUCGACACUUACGCCGACCCUGAGGAGUGCGGAUAUGGCAUCGGGUGGGACGACGAACUGGCCGUCGUGACCGAGAAGAAGACUCACGAGGAAGUCUCUGAUCUCGGAUGUGGCCUCUUUGGCUAUGACUUGACCGAGGACGCGGACAUGGAUACAGGCAUGGCUGCUUUGGAGGACGAGGACCCGGAGGAGUACUGUGCCCUGGACGUCGACCUCCCCACCGAACCGAACCUGGACAAGCUGAAGCAGGUGCGCAAGAUCACGGCGCUGAACUGCCUCGACCCCGGCGGUAUGGAGGCCCUAAGGGAGGUGGCCCCUUACCUGGAGGAGCUGGAGGUGAGGAACCUGAGGCGCAAGCACCUUGUGGAGAUCCAGGGGCUGGCCAGGCUGCGGCGCCUGGAGGUCAGGGCGCCGGACAUGUGGACCGACCCGUUCCUGGUGCCGCCCCUGGAGCACGACGGCGGCCUCGAGUUCCUCCGCGUGUGCCUGUCCGCGCCCACGGCCGGCUCCCUUAUCUACGCCCACAACCGCACCCUGCGCCACGUCCAGGUACUGUCGCCGCCGCGGCGCAGGCGGCAGGGCUCGCUCCACAGCAUCUACUUCGAGACCCUGGACUACCACCUGGGCGGCCACGUCUCGGAGCACGUCCGGCGGAGCCCGUACUUCCCCCGGUGCGAGCCCGGCGACUUCCCCGUGCUGAGGCGCGUCGAGUUCAUCGAGGAGCCUCGGUCGCCCUACGUCAUAAACCCUAGCUGGAUCGUGGGGAAGGACAUGGACAGGAUCGAGAGAAUGCUCCCACCAGGCGUCUCUGUAGAGCUGGUCUUCAAACCCAAACGGCUUGGCUAAGUCCAUUCCUUCUGCGUGUGUGGUUAUUUGAUGCGAGAAUUUAAAAUCAUUUAUCUUUGAGGGAAAUAUAUAUUGAGUUGACACAAAUGUA